CGUUCGGAGGCGGCCGCAUGAGUCGGGGCGCCAUGCCCCAGCCCGGAGCGUGGCCGGGCGCGGGCUGCGCCGAGAAGUCGGCGCGGGAAGCGGGAGCCGCGCCGCGGGAGGGCGGGAAGGCGGCGGCCGGCGGGCAGCCCCGGACCGCGGUGCGGUGCCCGGCCGAGCAUGAGGAGGAUAUGUAUCGUGACGCGGAUGAAAUAGAAAAGGAGAAAGAAUUACUUACACAUGAAAGAGAGUUAUCAGCAGAAGCUAGAUUAAGUGUGGCUCCUGAAAUGGACAUCAUGGACUACUGCAAAAAAGAAUGGAGGGGCAAUACACAAAAAGCCACAUGUAUGAAAAAGGGCUAUGAGGAGGUGUCUCAGAAGUUCACCUCCAUAAGGCGAGUCCGUGGAGAUAAUUACUGUGCGCUGAGGGCCACACUGUUCCAGGCGAUGAGCCAGCCGGCAGCGCUGCCCUCCUGGCUGCAGGACCCCGAGCUCACGCUGUUACCAGAAAAACUCAUAAGCAAAUACAACUGGAUUAAGCAGUGGAAACUUGGACUGAAAUUUAAGGGGAAGAACGAGGACCUGGUUGAUAAAAUUAAGGAGUCACUCACAUUACUAAGGAAGAAGUGGGCAGGCUUGGCAGAGAUGCGAACUGCUGAAGCAAGGCAGGUAGCUUGUGAUGAACUGUUCAUGAAUGAGGAAGAAGAAUAUAGCCUCUACGAAGCUAUAAAAUUUCUAAUGCUAAACAGAGCCAUUGAACUAUAUGAUGAUAAAGAGAAUGGAAAGGAAGUACCAUUUUUCUCUGUGCUUCUGUUUGCUCGGGACACAUCGAAUGAUCCUGGACAGCUGCUGAGGAACCAUCUAAACCAGGUGGGACACACUGGAGGCCUUGAACAGGUUGAAAUGUUCCUUCUUGCGUAUGCUGUGCGCCAUACCAUUCAGGUGUACCGGCUCUCCAAGUACAGCACUGAAGAAUUCAUCACGGUCUACCCCACUGAUCCGCCCAUGGACUGGCCUGUGGUGACGUUGAUUGCUGAAGAUGAUCGGCACUACAACAUCCCUGUGAGAGUGUGCGAGGAGACGAGUCUGUGAGAUGCGUGCCUGGACAGCCUGGCAACGUGGCCAAGGUGCACAGCCAACUCCUUGGCUCAGGCCUUGGGACUCCAGGUCUCUUACAAUGACCCAUGGGAACUCUUGGGCCCUAUGAGCCAAGCUGGACUGGGCUGUUCUGAAGACAAUUUUUGAUAAUAAGAGUUAACCAAGUGUUUUCCCUCAUCUUUAAUGCAAUAACUUUCAGUGGGGGCCAUCAGAGCACUUUUGGAAGGUACAAGGUACAUCUUCUCCAUAAAGCAAAUCAUUUGUAUCAGAGGAGACUCAUUUUGGAGAGGAAUCUGUUCUUUAUGUCUCAAAAUCAAAUUCUCUUUAAUUGUAAACUGGCUCUCAGUUUUUUCUUAAGAUAGAGUUUUUUGUUUUGGUGGUAAUGGGUCUCUUCAGUGCCCUUCCUAUGCAAUUCAGCUUACAUGGCAUAACUCUGGGAUGCAGUCUGUUAAUGGCACACUCAUAACAUCCUCUGACAGUCUUGUUGAGUGAUGGUGUGGAUUUACCUGUUAAUUAAAGUUAUUCUAAGCAGAUUGUCUCAUAGAAAAUUAAAAACUGGGUCCAAAAAGGAGUUAUUUGAAGGCUAGAGAAAGAGCUGCAGGAGGCAUGUGAUGGCACCUGAAUUCCUGACUCUGAGAAUGUGACAGGUGCCUGAAGUCCCUGGUGCUUCCUGCAGGUGGUGCACUGUCAGCCAGGUGAGCACUGCUCGUAGUUGAGUUCUAGCAUUGGGCUCCUAGUGAUUUUCCAUUUCAUAGACGUGCCUGCUUUAUAGUCAGAACAGUGCUGAGAUCCACCUGGUUUUUUGGGGGAGGAAGCCAAGGCUGGGUGACUUAAGGCACUGCUCUGAGUUCAGGAGGUGGUGAGCUGGAUCUCAGUCUUCUUGUGCCCUUUUCAUGGGAUGGUUUUGAGGGUGCUUCCACUGCCAAAUUCGUGUUCCUGCCAGAGGAUGAGUAACACAGUGAAGUGUCUGAGAUUUUUCAUCAGUAAGAUGAAGCAGAAACAUGUACUAAACCUAAGUACGCAAGUGUGGCUGAGUGGCAUCUGCCUGUGAUUUGGUUCAGGAAGUCUGAGGGAGGAGGGUGUUCCUGGUGGUGAAUGAUUGCUGCCCAGAGGCCUGGUUGCAUGUGGUUAGGGCUGUGUUAUCCACAGGGGGUGUGGGCUGUGUCCAUUGUUUUCAGGGACCAGACAUCACUCUAGUGCUGUAUCAACAUUUGUGAAGGUAGUAUCACCCUGAGGGACCCAAGCUUUAUUUUAUAAUAAUUAAAACCUCUACUUGGCUCAAUAGUAUGGUUAAUAAGCUAUUAAGUGUUUUUGGGGAGUGGCAAACCUUUUUUUGAAAAUGUAAGUUUUGCUUUAUACUUAAAAAUAAAUUUUUUUUUGAGAAAAUUCAGAGGACACACAAAACUAUGCAGACUGUUACAUUAGUAUUUUCCCAUUACCUCAUCAGUAAUAUUCACCACAUUUUGGGAGGUGUUUAUUCUUCAGAGUGUUUGAAUCAAGUUCUCCGAACGUGUGUGAAUGUGUUGAAGAGGCUUUAUGUUUUUCACUGUGAAAUGUAAUGGUGCUUCGAAUAAGGAGGUACUGAGAAGCCAAAUUAAUAAUAAUGGCUUCUUAUUGGCUUUGAGGCUUCAUUUUAGUAUUUGCAACUGUACAAUAAUAGGAAAUGCUUACUGUUUAUUCUUAUGCAUUUUCCAAAGCACACUUAAAACGUUUCAGCACAAGGCAUGGGAGUCUCUGUCCUCCAGGGUGUACGCUGAGUUUGAUGGUCCAUACCUACUAUUGAAUUGAAGAAUAGUCAUGACCAUCUGUCUUUGCAUUUUGAAAAUGUUCUGAUCUUUGUGAACUUGAACUGGACUUCUGGGCAACUUAAUUGUUUACAUGCAUACUUUUUUCUUGUUCCUGCCUGUGGUAUUGUUUGAGUGUGCAGAAAUUGUGGCCUUUACCACCACAAUGAUAGAAGUUUGAAAGUAUGUGUUUAAGUGGCUUUCUGACCCCAGGCUUUCUUGGACUCUGCUCUCAGACUGUCACUCAGGCUUAGUGGGAUCACAGCAUCAGAGAGGCAAAGCUUUCAAAGAAACAGGACUUCGGGAAAUAGAAAAGAUUGGCCGACUUUAUAGAAUAACGUUUCUUUGUUGUGACAUGCAACGUCAGUUGCCUAGAAUCUUGAUUCCAUGAAUCAUUCCUGGUCAUGGGCUGGUCGGGUGGCAGCACCAGAAUAGAAAUUGCAUUGAGACUGAAGUGGAUGCAGGAUAUCUAUUUAGAGGGGGUCUCUGAAGUGAUAUAAGGUUCUAGAAGAAGAGAAAGCAGUGGUAACUACAGUGUGUUUACUUUAAUUCCCAGAGCUUAUUGCCAGAGCUCAGAGAUUUUUGGACCCUAUAAUCUUGGCAGAAAGAUGAUCUCUAUCCUAAGCAGGCAUGACUUAUGCCUUUGUGCUUAUUUAAGGCACAUUUAAAUCUGAACGACUUUCCCUAUGCGGAGUUCCCUGGAAUCCCUGUAAUGAACACUGCUUCUUCAGGACCUCUCCUGCCUCCUCCCCUCACUUGCUUAGCUCCUUCUGCACGUACUGAUGGCACUCACGUCGGGACCAGUGAUGAUCACAGUGGGCAACUAGAGGCCAGGAUGUCGUUUCUCACUUGUGAUCCUAACCUAGGUGGGAUUUGAUCUAAGUGUUUGCAGUUCCUUGUCUUUAGAAUAUGGCAUAUCCUAAAAUGCCUUCGAUGCACUGAAGAGGAUUGACUCUACUUUCCUGGUAGAGCCAUUGACACUUGUAUUAGAUGUUUGUUAUUGAGUUAAGUAAGAUAUGAUGCUAAGUUUUCAGACAUUAUCUUUGUAUCCUUUCAUUAUUUAGUUCCUUCUGGGUGUAGGGUUACCAGGUAAAAACUUCAGUCCACAUGAGUCUUAACACCUCUGUCAGAGGAAACAUCUUUUGUGGGUUUUUAUGUGCUUUUUUAUUUAAUAGGCUGUGUUUUCCCUCCUGCUCUACCCCUCGCACCAAGGUGCUGUCUCACCUCUGUAUCCAUGGUCUGCUUCCUGAAGGUCUCCCUGAGAAUGGCCUUUAGGUGCUCUGUCUCCUGCCUUUACUGCUCUAACUCUCAUACUAGUGCUGCAUAUGCAUCAGACUCAAAUAGACUUCCCAGCUGUCUCUUCUUUUUGGUGUUAAAGUAACGUUUGAUUAUUUUCUUUUUCUCUCUUAGUAAGCAUUACUUUGCAAGUACUCCCACUUGGAAGACCCAAAGUAUUUUCAGAAAUGUAAACCUCUAAGGAGUCUUACUUGUAGGCAUACAUAGAAAUAAAUGUCUUUGACAAACCA